AUGUCCAAUUUCGAAUAUUCAUCGUAUUCAUCAUCAGCCUCAACCGGCGGUGCUGCUGGCGGAGUUGAUCCAAAUCAAAUCUUUUCACAAGUUGACACCAACAAAGAUGGUGGAAUCGAUCGAAAUGAAUUCUCAAGCUGGCUCGGAAACUCCCUUGGUGGGGGAGCUGGACAAGUAAGUGCCGGAGGAGCUGGUGCUGGCUUCGGAGCAUCAUCAUAUGAAGCAUCAAGCUUUUCAUCAAACGGUGGAGCUUAUGGUGCUGAAGCCGGAUUUGGUGCUGCUGGUGGUGCAGGUUCAUCAUCAUUCGAAUCAUCAAGCUAUCAAGCUGGUGGUCUCAAUGGUGCUGCUGCUCUUAACGGUGGUGCUAACUUCCAAUCAUCAUCAUCAUCAUUUGAAUCAUCAUCCGCAAAUGGUGCUGCUGGUUUCGAUGCUACACAAGUUAGUCAAGCGGCUAGCUACACAUCUGAAACCAACGCUGCAUGGUCUAAAUAUGGUGCUGAAGUACGUGGUGCCGGUCUCUAUGUUGAUUCCAACCCACAAAUCAUCCGACGACAAGCACCAGGUGGUGUUCAAACCUAUACACAAAACAUUAAAGUUCGCUUCCUUCAACCACCACCAAUCCCACCCCCAGGCCCACUCAUCAUCAAAGAAGUACGCCCACCUCAACCACCACCACCACCACCCCUUCGCAUCAAACAACAAGCACCACCUCUCCCUCAACCACCCCCACUCAUCCUCCGUGAAAAACCACCACAGGUACCAGCUUCAGUUGCUUCACAAACAGUGAUCCGAAAACUCGCUGCUUUACCCGUACCACCACGAUCAGUCAUCAUCGAACGUCUCCCAGCUGCUCCAGCUCGUCCACGUGAUAUCAUCAUCGAACGUUGGGUUCCAUAUGGUGCUGCUUCAAAACGAAAAACAAUUGUUCAACGUGCUGAAGCCGCUAAAGCUUAUACUGCCCCACGUAACGUUAUCAUUCAAUACGAAGCUGCUCAAGUCCGUGUUGUUCGACAAUUCCAACGCUUAGGUGUUACUCAAGAAAACCCACAAGCUUAUCUUCAACGAUAUGGUGCUCAAUUACUUGAUGCUCAAACCCUUGUUCAACAAGCUCGUGCCGCUGGUGUUGUUGAAGAUAUCUCACCACCCGCUGGUGCCGCUGGUGUUGCUAGCAGCUCAGCAUCAUUUAGCCAAGAAUCCGCUUCAUUCAGUGCUAAUGGUGGUGCUGCUGGAGGUGAAUUCGGUAUUGGUGCUCUUGCUGGUGGAGCUGAAUUUGGUGCUGCUGCUGGUGGUGCUGAAUUCGGUGGUGCUUCAUCAUCCUUCUCAAGUUCAUUCGAAAGCUCAUCAGCCAAUGGUGGUGCUGCUGGAUUUGAAUCUGGUGCUGGAUUUGCUUCUGGUUCAGGAUUCGAAAGUGGUGCUGCUGGUGCCAGUUUCGGUGAAGGUGCAAAUGGUGGUGCUGCUGGAGGUUUCAGCUCAAGCUAUGAAUCAUCAUCAUUCUCCGCUCAAGGUGGUGCUGUUGGUGGUGCUGCUGGUGGAUUUGAUGCUUUAGGUGCUGCUUUCAAUAGCGCUGAUUUAAACAAAGAUGGACGUCUUGAUCACGGAGAAUUCAACAAAUUCGUCCAAGGUGGUUUAUAA